AUGCUAAUUCUUCUUUCACUAUUUUACGUUCACGCAGUCGAAAGCGGCUGCGUGCAACCGCCUUCACCCAAUCGCCCUAAUAUUAUCAUUCUAAUGAUUGAUGACUUAGGAUAUGGCGAUAUUGCCUCAUAUGGGCAUCCAACUCAAGAAUAUACUGAAGUAGAUCGGAUGGCUUCAGAAGGCACACGAUUUACUCAGUCAUAUUCAGCUGAUAGCAUGUGUAGUCCAAGCAGAGCAGGAUUCAUGACGGGUCGACUUCCUAUUCGGCUAGGAGUUGUUGGAGGUCGAAGGGUUUUCUUACCUUAUGAUAUGGGUGGAUUACCGAAAAAGGAAAUAACAAUGGCUGAAAUGCUAAAACAAGCAGGUUAUUCGACGGGAAUGGUCGGAAAGUGGCACUUGGGUAUAAAUGAAAAAAAUUCUUCUGAUGGCAAACACUUGCCAUCCAGACGUGGAUUUGAUUGGGUGGGGAUUAAUCUUCCAUUCACUAACGUAUGGCAAUGUGAUACUACUCAGGAAUAUUAUGCUGAUGGACCAGAUCCGGCAAUGUGCUUUCUAUAUGAUGGCGAUGAGAUUGUUCAACAACCUCUCAAGUUUGAUGAUAUGACUGAGAAUUUGGUUGAAGAUUGGCAUCGCUUCUUAAGAGAACGGUUGUCUACGGAUCAACAUGAACGUCCAUUCUUUUUCUAUUUUUCUUUUCCUCAUGUACACAGCACUCAAUUUGCCAGUCCGCGAUUUCGAGGAACAUCAACGAGAGGAAUUUAUGGUGAUUCCAUAAAUGAAAUGUCUUGGGCAGUAGGGGAAGUUUUGGAUUCCAUUGUGAAUGCCGGAAUUGCCGAAAAUACCUUGGUUGUUCUGAUGUCUGAUCAUGGUCCACACAUUGAAUUAUGCUUGAAUGGAGGCUCAACAGCCGGUCUCAAAGGAGGAAAGUCAAAUAGCUUCGAAGGAGGUUUUCGUAUUCCAAUGAUUGUUUGGCAACCCGGAAAUGUUAAAAGUGGUCGAGUUAGUAAUGAAGUCGUUUCGAGCAUGGAUCUCUAUCAAACAUUCCGAGACAUGCAGCCAUUUGAAUGUUCUGUACAGGAUGAUCGCGUAUUGGAUGGAACAAACAUUUGGGAUGAAAUUCGGGGAGUAUCAACUGAAAAACCUGGCUAUCUGGGUGAACGUCGACCUAUCAUCUACUAUUGCAAUACUCAUCUGAUGGCUAUUCGACUUGGAAAUUAUAAAAUUCAUUACAAAACCUCUCCAAUAUUCUAUAAUACUACUAUUGAUCCAAAUUUGGAAUAUUUCUGUCCUAAUGGAAAACCAAGAAAUGACUGGUAUGUAUCGCAAACCUGUCCAGAUUCUCAGCUUAUUACUCACUCACCUCCGUUAAUUUUUGAUUUGAUCAAAGAUCCGUUUGAACGAUUUCCUCUUGAAGAAUCGGAAGAAUCCCUUGAGAUUCGACAAUUAGGAAUGAGUUUGCUGUUCCAACAUCGACAAUCUCUCGUAGCUGCGCCAGCACAACUGGGACGAUUCAAUAAGACGAUAACACCAUGUUGUGAUCCUCCUCGCUGCCAGUGUGAUCGUCUACAACGCAAGAAAAAACAUCAACGUCAAGUACGUGACCAAGUUCGUGCUUUUCCAGUUUAUUAA